AUGGCAGACAAAGGUAAAGAACCUAUUACGAAGCAGGAAUUCGAAACCGCUAUAUCGGCGGCUGAUCAGGGUGAGAUAGCAGGCCCACAGGCUUCCUUAUCGUACAGCAACGGCUUGGCCAUGGAUGAAUAUAAUACUAGAGGAAGAAUAUUUUGCAAUAAGAGCUUAGACUAUUUCUGCGUCGUUUGUGGAAAAUACGUUGUCAGUAAGCACAGAAAGAAAUUUACAGAUGUACUUAAAACUAUGUACAUGGAAUUUUUCGGUAUAGAAACUGUUGAAAUGAACAAUCAUUGGACUCCAAAAAUGAUAUGUCUUAGAUGCUACUUGCAAGUCAACAAAAAGAAGAAACGGACGUUUGCUUCUCCAAUGAUCUGGCGCGAACCAAUAAAUCACGAGACGGAUUGCUACUUUUGUUUAACGAGAAUUUUUGGACACAGCCGAAAAUCUAAAUCUUAUAUCUCUUAUGCGUCUGUCGAAUCUGUGACUUUCCCUAUCCUUCUCGAUGCUGAACAAAGUAAUAUUAGCCCUGACGAAAACGAAGAUAUAAUGGAAAUGUCAGCUGACGAAGUUUUAUCUUAUAGUGACGCUGAGGAUGUAGAGAUGAAAGGUGAAACAUCAGAAGAAUCGGCGGCUUUAAGAAGGAUAAUUUGCAUUAAGAAACUAGACUAUUUCUGCGUCGUUUGUGGAAAAUACGUUGUCACUAAGCACAGAAAGAAAUUCACAGAUGUACUUAAAACUAUGUACAGGGAAUUUUUCGGUAUAGAAACUGUUGAAAUGGACAAUCAUUGGACUCCAAAAAUGAUAUGUCUUAAAUGCUACUUGCAACUCAACAAACAAAAAAGACGGACGUUUGCUUCUCCAAUGAUCUGGCGCGAACCAAUAAAUCAUGAGACGGAUUGUUACUUUUGUUUAACGAGAAUUUUUGGACACAGCCGAAAAUCUAAAUCUUCUAUCUCUUAUGCGUCUGUCGAUUCUGUGACUUUUCCUAUACUUCUCGAUGCUGGGCAAAGUAAUAUUAGCCCUGACGAAAAUGAAGAUACAAUGGAAAUGUCAGCUGACGAAGUUUCAUCUGAUGGUGACGCUGAGGAUGUAAAAAUGAAAAGUGAAACAUCAGAAGAAUCAGAAGAUGAGACCGAUGAAAAUCCUAAUGGUUUCACCCAAGAAGAACUAAAUGACUUGGUCCGGGACGCAGGACUUUCGAAAGAAAUUUCAGAACUAAUAGCAAAUGUGCAGACUUCAUUGGGAUACUUUUUGGCUUUGCCUUCAUGGUACUUUAGCGUUGUUAGUGUUAAGAUUAUGGAUGCUAAAAGUAUAGACCCAGAGCUGACGGUAGUAAAAUAUGUCUUGCACAGGAAUAUGCGACAGAGGUAA